UUGUUAGUUGUAAUUAGCAACAGACUAACUGGGAUGGAAGCUGGCCCUUAUGUAGACCCAAAAUAAGCGAAGGGAUUAAGGAAAUUUGAAGAAGAAAUCCAUGAGGCUGACAAAGUGUAUAUCAAAUUAUUGUUUACAGGGUAACUGCUUAUUAAUUAGAACCUUUAGGCUUUAGACAUGCAUUGCCAUGAACUAGUACAAUAUGUACAAUGUGAAAAUAUUUAUGACAGAUUAAAUUCCAAGCAACCUUCAAUUGUUGUGAUAUCUAUCUAAAUUUAUAGCCAGCUUGAGGACGCUUCAAACGACUUUGUCCUACAUGUGGAAGGCGUGCGCCUGGCUUUAAGAGAAGGUGCCAUAUAUUGUGAAAGUAGUGCAAAGGAAAAUAGAGGUGUGAGAGAGGUGUUCCAGACCGCUGUAAGGUAUUACAAUCAUCAACAACCGAGACUAACGUCUGUGGGAUGCUGCGGAUUACGACGAAAUAGAAGAUCACCUAACAUCCCAUUUCUUCCUCCCCCAUGUCCACUUCCAGUGGUAGCAAUUGAAUCGUCCUCAUUUUCAGCAAACAUGGCCAACCUUCUGGGUGAUUCAUGCUCUGGACUUGAUGUCACUUUUAUAUUUCCCGACAAGACCACGGUGGAAGCACAUCGCUUGGUCCUGUGUUGCACGUCCUCGCUAUUUCGCCGCAUGUUCCUCAGUCACCGGGCCUUAUCGAACCUCAAUGCUUCGGACCCCGAUGAAGUUGGUGGAAAAUUAACCAGUAAGGAUAUUAACGGUGGCCGCGUCGUCGGAUUCGUCCUGGUGUCUAGUGACCGAGAUGUGCCGUAUGAUUGCGUGUACUUUGAAGAGACCCUACGAAUAUUUUUAACAUUAAGUGAAGAUAUCUCGAAAAAUGCUUUUAAAAAUGUCCUCAACUUUAUGUACACAGGGAAGCUCAGUCUUUCGGCGGAAGCUGACGAGAAACAAACUGCGGCUAUUCUUGAUGUGGCGCAAACAUUUCAAAUCGAUGUCUUAACGGACUUUUUAAAAAGUGACCAGGAAGUGUCCGAACUUGAUUUGCACGACCAAUGGAAGUCCGAGUUCGUUUCGUUCAACAGCAGGUUGUUUUGCAACUCGUCGCGAUUCUCUGACGUUUCGUUUUGUGUCGAUGAGCACCCUGUCCGGGCGCAUCGUUGCGUGCUCGUUGCACAUUGUGACUUCAUGGCCGCCAUGUUAAGUGGAAACUUUCAGGAAAGCGGUCAAAACGAGAUUCCGCUGCCGUCCGUUUCACUGCACGGUUUUCUUGGAUUCCUUCAAUAUCUUUACACGGAUGAUGUGAACUUUGAGCGACACAACCCCAUCGAGGUCCUCAAGGUUGCCAAUCAGUUUUGUUCUGCGCGACUUAUUUCGCUGUGUGAGGUUUGUCUGGAGAAGAAAAUGGAGACAUCUCUGGCGAGUACAAGAAAGAAGAGUGAUAAAGUCGGAGAUCUCAUUGAGCUGAUCGUCAUCGCGCAGACUCACAAUGCUCAUCAACUAGCUUCCAAGUAUUUGUAUUAUAUUGCGAUAAAUUUCGAAGAAUUCAAAAAGAAGAAAGAAUUGGACUGUUUAUCAACGGACAACCUUGUUCUAAUCGAGCAGCAGAGGUGGCCACCCCCUUGCUAUUUAACGGAACUGAAUGCUUAUCGGAGGACACGUGACCGUGAAUCUUCGUGCAUUUUAAUGUGAAUACAUGUACGUUUGAG